AAAGCUGUGAUUGGAGGUGAGCUGGGCAUGCGUGCAAAGUAAAAAUGGCAGCUACCAUAGUGAGAAACAUCGGGUCAAAGCUGGGCAAGAACCUGAGGGAGGUCAGGAUCCAUCUGUGCCAGAGGUCUCCGGCGAGUCAGGGGGUCAGAGACUUUAUUGAACAGAACUAUGUGGAGCUGAAAAAGGCCAAUCCAGACUUUCCUAUAUUAAUCAGAGAAUGCUCAGAGGUUCAGCCUAAACUAUGGGCAAGAUAUGAAUUUGGAAAGGAGGCGAGUGUCUCCCUUAAUAAUCUAAAGGCUGAACAAGUAGCCAAAGCCUUGGAGUCUGUUGCAAACAGCAAGCCAUAAUAAAUCCCAUGUCACCAUACCAAUAGAUACAUUUUGCCUUGAUGGACUUUGUACAAGAUGGUAAAGAACUUUGCAUUUUGGACUGUAUUGUAUCAAUCGCAUCACAGAAAUCAAACUGCAUUAAACCAUAUUUAACUUUAUUAGAAAAAUAUAAACACUUCUUGAACAAAUGACAAUAAAAAAUUCUAAAGUC